AUGGUUAAUACUGGAGUCAUUUCAACUGCAGCUGCGGCUUUGUUGUGUGCUUUGCCCGCAGUUCAUGCUGGAUUGUACCCUAAGAGUUCAGCUGUUUUGUCAAUCAAUGGAAAGGACUAUGAUCGUAUGAUUGCUCAAUCUAACCAUACUUCCAUCGUCGAAUUUUAUGCUCCAUGGUGUGGACAUUGCAAGAACCUUCAACCAGCUUACGAAAAAGCCGCCAAGAGUCUCGCUGGUCUCGCGAAAGUAGCAGCGGUCAAUUGCGAUGAAGAAUCGAAUAAAGCUUUCUGCGGAGGAUUCGGUGUUCAAGGUUUCCCUACUCUCAAGAUUGUUAAACCAGGAAGCAAACCCGGAAAGCCAAUCGUUGAAGAUUACAAUGGACCACGAACUGCGAAAGGAAUUGUCGAUGCAGUAGUCGAUAAAAUUCCAAAUCUUGUAAAGAAGGUUACAGAUAAAGAUUUGGAGAGUUUCCUGGCCGAUGCGAACGACACUGCGAAGGCAAUUUUAUUCACCGACAAAGGAAAGACAAGCGCAACAUUGAAAGCCAUUGCCAUUGAUUUCAAGGGCAGUAUCAAGGUGGCACAGAUCAGAAACACAGAGAAAGCUUCCAUUGAGUUAUUUGGCAUCACUGAAUUUCCUACCCUUAUUUUGUUGCCUGGCGGGGAAGCAGCCGAAGGAAUUGUGUAUGACGGGGAAUUAAAGAAAGAUGGCAUGGUCAAAUUUCUUACACAGGCUGCCGAGCCUAAUCCAGAUCCACCAGCAGCCAAAGCGAAAACUUCCAAAUCCAAAGCAAACAAAAAGUCUUCCGCAAAAGCAAAGGAAUCUUUCGAAGCAGCAUCGGAAUCUCACGCCAAAUCCGAAAAGCCUGUCACUCAAACAGAUGAAACAUUAGAAAAUCAACCCACUGAAUCAUCAUCGCCAGAAGUCGAAACAGAGAAACCAAUUGUACUUCCACCAGCGCCUGCAAUUCCUAUUCUUACUUCUGAAGCCGGCCUAAAAGAGAAUUGUCUUGGUCCUAAAACCGGUACAUGCAUUCUUGCGCUUCUUCCAGAUACCUCGAACGAGAUUACGGGCUUAGCUUCUACUUCAUUAGCCGAAGUUUCCCAUAAACAUCAUCUACAUCAACGAAAGUUGUUCCCAUUCUACAUCCUACAAGCCGAAAACCCUGGGUUCUCCCAAGUCAAAGAAUCUUUAGGGCUGAAAGGCGAUGCUGAAAUUAUUGCUCUCAAUGGACGACGAAACUGGUAUCGAGCUCUCCCUAGCAAGGGCGAAUCCCUAGUUUCCGAGGAUGUGACAAUCGAAGCAAUUGAGAAUUGGGUUGACGCCAUCAGAUUGGGUGAAGGCGAGAAAAAGAAGAUCCCCGAGGGACUCAUUCCUGAAGAAGUUGAGGAGACUGUUGUGGAAGAAGCAGCUCCGGAACCAGAACCAAAAGCUGCAGAUGAGCCUAUGAUUGCCAUAGAGGAGCUCCCGGAAGAUUGGGAACCACCAACCCCAGAGCCCGAGAUCAAACACGGAGAACUUUAA